CUACACCCCUCUACCACCACGCUACGGCACAACGGCCGGAAUUCCUUUUUUCAUCCCACCUGAAAACUACCUCUACCCCCCCUCCCCUCCAACCACACCCUCUCCCCUCCACCGCCAUCUCACACACCACACACACGCAUCCCACGCACACAAAACCCCCCAACAAACCUCCCUUACCUCACCCUCCACCUCCCCUUCCUCUCCCACGAUGCCCUCAUCCCUCUCCACCACCACCGCCGCUGCAACAACCGUCGCCGCCGUCGAAACCCCCAACAAUGCCGCGGGACGCCUCCCCCUCGCCGCCCCCGAUGCCACCCGCGCCGCCGAACUCGCCAGUGCAAAGCUAACUCUGCACUCUGCGCUCCGCCAUUUCCCCGACUUCCCAAUCCCAGGCAUCGACUUCGUUGAUAUCCUGCCGCUGUUCGCGACCGCCGCGCGCCAGGAGACCCUGCUCGCUGCUCUGGAGGCGGAGGUCCUGGUCGGCUUUGGGGGCGUGCCGGAUGUGAUUGUGGCGCUUGAUGCGAGGGGGUUCUUGUUUGGGCCGGGACUGGCGCUGAGGUUGGGAUGUGGGUUUGCGCCUGUGAGGAAGAGUGGGAAGAUUCCGGGUCCGACGGUUGAGGUGGGGUUUAAGAAGGAGUAUGGGGAGGAUUUCUUUCAGAUGCAGGGGGAUGCUGUUGAGAAGGGACAGAAGGUGUUGGUGGUGGAUGAUAUUAUCGCUACUGGCGGCUCCGCAAAGGCAGCUGGCGACCUCGUCGAGAAGCUCGGAGGUGAAGUCAUGGGCUACCUCUUUAUCCUCGAGCUCGACUUCCUUAAGGGCCGCGACCUGCUCAACGCCCCUGUGCGCACCCUUCUCGCGCAGGAGGAGAAGCAGUAGACGACAUCCCAUCUCACACACCCGAUAUUACACGACGAACUUUAAAACACAAAUAUACUCCGUCCGAUCUUGCGCUGCGACGUAUGUGAUACAGAUACCAAAAAAAUUACAAUACUUUUUCACAGCUCUAGACCUGUUCGAAUGGGAGGCAAGGACUUUGUUGCAUGGAUUUUUGUUAGGGAUUGAACAGAUGGAUGGGCGGAUGGAUGGAUUAGACAGGGAGCG